AUUUAAUUUAUUCCAGGUUGUGUCUCUGAGACUGAGAGGAAUUUCCGAUCAUCAUGUUAUGAUAUGAAGACUUCUUUCAAUAUGAUUCUAGAUUCCGGAGGUCUAUGCCUUUUCAUGCUGUCAACUUUGGUGACACUGGCUCAGUCAGUCACAAAGUUGUCUGCUGAAGAGUGCAUUGCUCUGGGCCUCAACAAGAACUUCUUGAUGUGUUCAUCAUGUGAUGCCCUCAAGGAGUUUAACUUGCAGAAUAUUGAAUCAGAAUGCAAAAGUUGCUGUGAAGAAGAUGAUGUGAAUUCAACACCUACUAAGUACCCAAGAGCUUUGCUGGAGGUCUGUGGGUGACGACUGGGAGCAUUCCCGCAGGUUCAAGCUUUUGUGAAAAGUGAGCGACCUGCGGCCUUCCCCAAUCUGUCCAUCAAGUACGUACGGGGAGCUGACCCUGUCAUCAAGCUGAUGGACGAAGAAGGUGAGGUGAUGGAGACGCUGGCGAUUGACAAGUGGAACACCGACUCUGUAGAGGAGUUCCUAAAUACUUAUCUGCUGUCUCCUGGUGGUGACGACGAUGAUUUCUCUGCCUUCGACGCCGAUCCAGCCAACAAUAUUAACUGGGACAUAUGA